GCUAAAGCUAUAACAAAAUCCUCCUCUGAUUUGAAACCUGACGCUCCAAAGAAGCCCAAGUCUAACCCAACACCUAGUACUUCUGGCAAGCCUUUAAACUGGAAAACGAGGACUCCGGCUCGCAGGCAGCCGCCGGGCCCUCGGUCGCGUCACCAGCAGCCUGCAGCGCAGAGCGCACCGGCUCGAGGGAACUCGUCGCAGAGCUACACACAGCGGCCGAAGCCCUCUCGCCGACAUUAAACAUGGAACCUUCAAACCAACAUUACCCUGGUUGCCGCAAUAUUGUCCGGACCGCGUUGUUACAACAAUGUGUCCCUGUCUCAGCUGUAGACAUCACAAUGGCGUCACUUUCGGAAAAUACAUUAAAACAAUACGAGGUUUGUUUUAAACGGUGGUUUACCUUUUGUAAAGAAAAUAAUGUUAACAUGUUUGAGACAUCCAUACCAAUUAUUUUAGAAUUUCUUACAAAUCUUUUUCACUCUGGUGCUCAAUACGGCACAAUAAAUAGCCAUAGGUCUGCUCUUUCAUUAAUUUUUGGAAAUAUUUCCGAUGAUGUAAGAAUUAUUCGUUUUUGUAAAGGGGUAUAUAAAUUAAGACCUCCUUUACCUAAAUAUAAUGUUACAUGGGAUGCCAGCAUUGUUCUAAAUCAUUUAGCAACUAUGUUCCCAAACGAAAACUUAACUCUUGAGGCACUUUCAAAAAAGUGCAUCACUUUACUUGCCCUGGUAACAGCUCAUAGAGUGCAAACGUUGUCUAAAAUAAAGAUCGAUCAAAUAGUUUAUCAAAAUAGUAAAAUAAUUAUAAAAAUUACUGAUUUCAUUAAAACUUCUAAGGCCGGUACUAAACAACCGAUUUUACAUUUACCCUUCUUUAAUGAUAGACCCGAGAUCUGCCCCGCUAAAACCCUUGAUAUUUAUAUAAACAAAACUAAGAGUAUACGAAAAACUGAUCAUCUGUUUAUUGGAUUUCGUAAACCAUAUAAUUGUGUCACAACCCAAACUCUUAGCCGAUGGAUAAAGUCUACUUUGAAAGACAGUGGAAUUGACGUCUCUAUAUUUUCUUCGCAUAGCACCCGCCAUGCGGCCACUUCUAUGGCCCAUAAACUAGGAGUAAACUUAGACAUAAUACGACAAACUGCGGGUUGGAGCGGCAACUCCACUGCCUUUGCGCAAUUUUAUAAUCGGCCUGUAAUUAACAGUGAUGAUGAUUUGUUGUUAGCAAGAACAAUAUGUUCACUUUAACUGUACAAUAUGUUCACUUUAAUUGGUUUAAGUUGAUUUUUAUGUUUGAAUUAGAAAAUGAUUAUGUACCUAACUACAUUAUUAUCAAAAUAAAGGUUGAUAUUAUCAAAACGCUUUUAUUUUUCUCGAUAUUUCCUAUUACUUCUCUCAACAUCUACAUGUGUUAUAUACAAUAUAAAUAUCUACUAACCUUACUAAUCUUGAAGACAAAGCGCGAAUAUAAUUAAUGAUUAAACGAACUUACCUGUACGUGAAGUUCAAUCAUAAUUAUAUGAAGCGCUUUGUCUGAAAAGAUUAGUAACACCC